UUUGUUUGAUAUUGACUAAUUAGCCAUUUUGUUCAAAAUUCUAUCAUAGACUGCUAGUUCUUGAGAUCCCCUCCAGAUUUCACUGUGCUAUAUUUUUAAAAUAGCAAUCAUUCAUAAGGCCACGUGAGCUUUAGAGACAAACUUGCGAGUUCACCGUAGAGAAUUUGGUCAAACGCCAGGAGCUGGCUGAUGAACUGAGCUUAGUUGACUUUCUUGCACAGUCUGAUGGGAAAAAGUCUGAGUGAAGUGCGGCAGGGGAAGUAGAGUUUAAUUUUAUAUUGUGGGUUGGAUAGCACAUGAUUUGGAUUUGUUUAAUCUCUUCUUUUGAGUUCUUGACUGUUGGAAUUUCCUUGAGAUUGCUUCACUCAUUCUUGAGUUUGUUCUAUAUCUUUUCAGAUCUCUGAUUAGUUUCUAAACAAUGGCUGAUUCUGCCUUCCCCUGUUCCCAAAUUUUCUUUUUCCUUGCUUUUCUGAUGAGGUUUGCAGCAGAGCUUUAAGUUUCAGCUUCAAAAACAUGAAGAAUUCCUGGGUUUCUUUCUGUUUUUGGUUUCCUAUUUUUGUUCUUGCCGUUCUUGUUCCAGUUUCAACAGGACAGCUUUCUCCAAGUGAAAGCAGAAUCCUUUUCCAAAUUCAAAAGCUUCUGGAAUAUCCUGUUGCUCUUCAACAAUGGUCAAACUGGACCAACUUCUGUUAUUUACCUCCUACUUCUUCACUCAGAAUUGUCUGUUCUGGGACUCACAUAACAGAAUUAACUGUCAUUGGGAACAAAACCUCCCCUUCCAAAACCCCAAAAUCAGUUUCUGUGAGUUCCAUCCCUUCUCAGCAGACUCUUUCCAAUAGCUUCUCCAUUGAUUCCUUCUUUACUGUUCUCACCAAGCUUUCGAACCUGAAAGUGUUAUCAUUAGUGUCUUUGGGGUUGUGGGGUCCUUUUCCUUCCAAAAUCAAUAGGCUCUCAUCUCUGGAAGUGCUUAACAUAAGCUCAAAUUUCAUCUAUGGAGGCAUCCCUGCAACAAUCUCUAAGCUUCAAAGCCUCAAGAGCCUUGUUUUAGCUGAUAAUUUGCUCAAUGGAAGCGUUCCAGAUCUUAAAGGCCUUGCAGUUCUUGAAGAGCUGAAUUUAGGACAAAAUCAACUGAGCCAAAAAGUUCCACCUCUGAGUGGAACUCUUGUGAUCGUCGUAUUGAGAAAAAACUUAUUCAGAUCUGAAAUUCCUUCAAGAAUCAUGGAACUCAAUAAGCUUCAGCUAUUGGAUAUUUCCUACAAUAAGUUUCUUGGGCCAAUCCAUUCUUCUCUGUUCUCUCUACCUGCAAUUCUGUAUCUGAACCUAGCUUAUAACCAAUUAAGUGGAGCACUCUCUGUCAACACAACUUGCAACAGAAACCUUAAGUUUGUAGACGUUUCCCACAACCUCUUGAUAGGAAAGUUACCCUCUUGCAUUGGGUCGACUUCAUCGAAUCGUACCGUAAAUAGUUCAUGGAACUGCUUGACAGGUGGAAACUCGAAGCUCCAGCAUUCUCUUUCAUACUGCCGGAAGGAAGCAAUGGCUGUAAAGCCUCCAGGUGACCUACAGAAACAGAAACCUGGCAUCAAACUUGGUCUUAUGCUCGCCGUCAUAGGAGGCGUAGUGGUAGUUUCCGGUGUUGUUCUGUUAUUGGUUUUUGCAAUCAUCCGAAACAGAAGAAGAAGAAGAUUUGGAGAGAUGAAAUAUGAGAAAUCUACAGUUCAUAAACAAUCUGUUCGUGGCUCUCCACUGCCUAACCGACGAGUGCCACAGACAAGGCUACCAGCACUUGGGCUGCCGCCUUAUCGGGUCUUCGCAGUGGAAGAGAUUGAAGAGAUCACAAGAAACUUCGACCCAUCAAACUUGGCCGCUCAAGGAUCCCAAGCACAGAUUUAUAAAGGGUGGCUGACUGAUGGUUCAGUGGUCUUGAUCAAAUGCUUUAAACUAAGGCAAAAACUUGCACCUCAAGCCUUAGCGCGGCACAUGGAAGAGCUCCCAAAUCUGAGGCAUCGGCAUUUGGUCAGUGUUCUUGGACACUGCACCGUCACUUACCAAGACCAAUUGAACCCAGCCAGUACAGUCUUCGUUGUUAAUGAAUUCAUAUCCAACGGCUCAUUGAAGGAUUGUCUUACAGAUUGGAAAAGGAAGGAUGCUCUGAAAUGGCCACAGAGAAUGGGAAUUACCAUCGGCAUUGCCAGGGGAAUACAGCAUCUGCAUACUGGAAUGGCGCCGGCCAUCUUCGACAACAAUAUCACGAUUGAUAACAUUUUGUUGGACGAGACGCUGACCGCAAAAAUAAGCAAUUACAACGUUCUCAUGCCGCUAAAGGAUGCAGAGAGCGGGCUGAAUGUACCAAAAAGAAGUGGGAAUCCGGAGAAGGAAGACAUCUUUCAAUUUGGUGCCAUUUUGCUGCAAGUCAUCACCGGUAGGCCGAUCACAUCCACAAGUGAACUGGAUGAUCUGAAGAGUGAGUUUGAAGGUGGCUUGGCAGAAGGACUGAAAUUACGGGGCGUUAUCGAUCCUUCAAUUCAGGGUUCGUUUGCAUUUGAUUCACUGAAGACGACAAUUCAAAUCGCCAUCAACUGCCUCAACAAAGAUCCAAACAAACGCCCUUCCAUUGAAGAUGUACUCUGGAAUUUGCAGUAUUCAAUGCAAGUUCAGGAAGGAUGGACAAGUAGUGGAAACCUCGGAGCUUUCAUAUAGAUGAAUGAAUCUAUAUGGGGCGGGAAUAAAUGUAACCAGAGUCUACAAAUAUACAGCUCGUAUUUUACCUUACCUAAACUUUUUCUUAAAAGAAGAUAAGCCCUUGUACAAGUUGGUCGUAAAGUUUGGCAAUCAUCUCUUUUUAUAUUA